AUAUCUCAGAAAUAGAGUCAAACUGUUCCUUUUCUCCAGAGGAGAGACACCAGCAAUAUUCUGAUUAUGAUUAUCAUUCUUCCAACAAGAAGCUGAAGGAAAAGCCAAGUUCAAGAGAAGAAACCUCUGGCAGACUGUCCAGGAUGGGUGCAACACCCACUCUGUUCAAGUCCACAGGGGACAUCACAGAGGCCCACAAGGAACCCAGAUACCAAGAGGAACCCCCAGAUAUCUCAGAAAUAGAGUCAAACCGUUCCUUUUCUCCAGAGGAGAGACGCCAGCAAUAUUCUGAUUAUGAUUAUCAUUCUUCCAAUGAGAAGCUGAAGGAAAGGCCAAGUUCAAGAGAAGAAACCUCUGGCAGACUGUCCAGGAUGGGUGCAACACCCACUCUGUUCAAGUCCACAGGGGACAUCACAGAGGCCCACAAGGAACCCAGAUACCAAGAGGAACCCCCAGGUGAGAUUUAAGGUCCUUGCCCCAAAGCAGCCCCAAGAACUUUUCUUCUUCCCAGUCCUAAAGAUGAAGCAAUAUAUGGCCCUAACAUGAAAAUGGCGAAAUUUAAGAAGGGAGACAGUGUGGGCCUCCGGUUGGCUGGUGGAAAUGAUGUCGGGCUAUUUGUUGCUGGCAUUCAGGAGGGUACCUCAGCAGAACAGGAGGGUCUGCAAGAAGGAGACCAAAUUCUGAAGGUGAACACACAGGACUUCAGAGGGCUGGUUCAGGAAGAUGCUGUUCUCUACCUGUUAGAAAUCCUCAAAGGUGAAACCGUGACCAUUUUGGCUCAGAGCCGAGUGGAUGUGUACAGAGACAUCCUGGCUUGUGGCAGGGGAGAUUCGUUUUUCAUAAGAAGCCACUUUGAAUGUGAGAAGGAAACUCCACAGAGUCUGGCCUUCACCAGGGGAGAGGUCUUCCGUGUGGUGGACACACUAUACAAUGGCAAGCUGGGCCACUGGCUGGCUGUGAGGAUUGGAAAUGAACUGGAGAAAGGCUUAAUCCCUAACAAAAGCAGAGCUGAACAAAUGGCCAGUGUCCAGAAUGCACAGAGAGACAACGCUGGGGACAGAGCAGACUUCUGGAGAAUGCGGGGCCAGAGAUCUGGGAUGAAGAAGAACCUCCGGAAGAGCCGGGAAGACCUAACAGCCGCUGUGUCAGUUAGCACCAAAUUCCCAGCUUAUGAAAGGGUUUUGCUGCGGGAAGCUGGUUUCAAGAGACCCGUGGUGCUGUUUGGCCCAAUAGCAGAUAUAGCAAUGGAAAUGUUGGCAAAUGAGUUACCUGACUUGUUUCAAACUGCGAAAACUGAACCCAAAGACGCAGGAUCUGAGAAAUCAAGUGGAGUAGUUCGAUUGAAUACUGUGAGGCAAAUUAUUGAGCAGGACAAACACGCACUGCUAGAUGUGACUCCCAAAGCUGUGGACCUGCUCAAUUAUACCCAGUGGUUUCCCAUCGUGAUUUUCUUCAACCCAGACUCCAGACAAGGUGUUAAAACCAUAAGGCAGAGGUUAAGUCCAGCUUCUAAUCGAAAGUUGUUUGAUCAAGCCAAUAAGCUGAAGAAAACGUGUUCACACCUUUUUACAG